UUCACAGCCAAUAGACUCGAACUUUCCUCACUCAAUCGCUCACGAACAAGGUCAGACCAGAGCGCUACAGCUCUUAAUCGUCUGAUAAACCAGUGCUCAAGUUUAUUUAUUUUUGGGAUUCACAUGUGUGUUCAUUCACUCAACAGUGUAUUUAGUCAUACACUUAUUAGCUAGCUAGCUAGCUAGAAGUUUAGUAGACCUAGCAAUAGUGACCAUGGUCAGGUAUUUCGGACAUCGUACUUUAAAUGGGCAAUUGGCUAACUAGUUGGUUAGCAGCAUUUCCUACAGCUGGAAGAUGGAGAGAAGGAACAUUUUGCCUCGUAGACGGACACAGAAUGACAGUAUUUGACAAUCCAGGACCCAAAUUAACAAGACUGUCACACAUGUGAACUCUGUCAGAGCAGCAUGGACCAAGAUGUUCACAGACGGUGGACUUUGUAAAUGGUGAGCUUCACUACUCAGCCCAAUCCAGAUUUAUGCAAACAAGCAAGAAGGAUGAGGGCACUCAACAGAUGGGAGAGCAACCCUCCAACCCAGAGUGGUGAAAAGAGAAUGGGAUAAAAAAGAAAGAAAACAGACUGAAAGCUAACCAGAAGUGGAAGAGAAAGAAAAUAAGAGAAUAUGGGAGCAUUCAAAGGCCUGUAAGUGGAGAGAAGAACUCUUGAGAAUUCACAUGCCUGUCACAGGGCAUAUGAGAGAGAAAGAACGGAGGAAAUCUGUGAUGCUGAAGCAAAGGGUGAGCCGGUGGGUUCUCCUGCGCGUUUGCAUGCUUCUCUCCAUUUUGUGUGUUUGUGCUCAUGUCUACGUGGAGUUUAAGGGCUACGGUCUAAGGACCUGGUGGAGGGUCAUCCCAUUGCUCCCCAAACACCCACAGCACAACAGCAAGCCUCCCUCUCUGUCUGAGGCAACCGGACGCUGGAGAGACUCGAAGAUCGCGUGCUGUCCACCCAUACAGCAGUACAGGAAGGCUCUCAGGUGGAAGAUAGAGCUGGAGCCAUGGGCCAGUGACGGUCACAACCUGGAAGCUGAGGCAGUCAGAUUCAUCAAGUACAUCACUACGCCACAGGUGUCUUGUGAAAUCGCCAUGCCUCCAGCAUUACAAAGAGAGGAGGCUCAGAAAUCAUGGGUGCUUUGUUUGGAUGACAAAUUCCCCAGUGCCCAGCGUCUCAACACUAAACACUGUAGAGUCUACUCUUUAAGGCUGGGAGGGGAAGACCUGUGGCUGGAGAAGGCUCUGGCCACCGCUGGCUGCGAGGUUCACUGUUUCGACCCCAGCAUCGGCGCGGCACACCUUCAGGACUCAGGGGUGUGGCUGCACCGGCUCUCCAUUGACUGGAGGGAGCCAAACCCAGCCAUCUCAGCACAGAGGCAACGCAGCAGCACCAAGAAGCUGGCCGCCAUCCUCAAUGACUUUGGGCACAGACAGGUGACGCCGAACACCGCCGAGAGGUUUAACUUUGCAAAGCCAUCAGGCCUUUUAAAUGUGCAAAUUGGAUGCUUUGACAUCUUCAUAGUCAAAGAGCACUAAUUAAAAGUUCCUGUAGAAACUCACUUUAGAGUUGGUGUUUUAAAUGAGCCUCCUUAGCUAUGCGUGUCACUGAUGGCUCGUAAAUGGAAUUAGAUUUCAUAUUCUGAAGUGCGAUGGCAUGGUUAGCUAGACACAUGUGUUACAUAUGUGAAUAGUUUCCAAGGGUGUACUUUUUCCUGGAACAACCAAAAUGACAAAAACAUUGAAAAAUCCAUAAUUUGUCUCCAAAUAUUUUGUAAAUAGUAUAACAAAAAGAGAAGACAUUUCUUUGGAGCAGGAAAUACUGUCAUGCACACUGAUACUAUGGUCCCUAUUUCAGUAGGCUGCUUUGUGAGACAGGGGAGGUUUGUUGAAGUGUUAGUUUGUUACAUCACAGUAAACUGAAAAUCACAUAUGCAUGUGACACCCCCACAAAUUUUAACAUCAGACUACAUAAAGUAAAUCACUGCAAAAAAGAUGGCUUGUGAGCCCCCAUCCAAGAAGAACUCCAUUAAACCUGUACGUGCAUAACCAUUUAAAAUAACAAUCUCUAAAAGUCCUGGUGAUUUAAAACAAAGGGGUGGGGGUGUCUUUAAAGAGGUUACCGGCUCCUUCAUCCAAGUUCGUCAACACCUGUCAUUCAGUCACAUGGCUCACAGCCAAAUUAACCGAGGGAUCACUCUCAGCAACUCACACUUCCUAAAGACUUCUCACGAAUUCUAGGCUCACUCUACUCUCCUAAGACGUUCCGUACGCGCACGUUUACAGUUAUCCCCAAAAGCCUCCAGCUCAAAGAAUCGUCACCUAUUACUACUACUCCCGUCCUUUGGUUACCUAAUUAGAAUACAUCCUCCAUCUUCUAAAGGACCAAGAAAAUCCAGGGGAAAAUAAAAAUGAA